AUGAGCGCGUUCAUGUCGAAGGUAUCUGCUACGCAGACACGCGGAGCGUAUGGACAGGUCAAGAGACGAUGGAUGCACGGAUCGCUGAAGCGCCAGGCAAUUAUGAUGCCUGCCAUGUCGCCUUUGAUGACGGAGGGAACCAUUGCCCGCUGGAUGAAGAAGGAAGGAGAAGCGUUCAAAGAGGGAGACGUCUUGCUCCAACUUGAACUCGAGUUUUACACCGUGGACGUGGAGGCACACACCCCAGGGAUCCUAGGCAAGAUUCUUGUGAGUGGCAUCGGCGUGCUAGCCGGACAACACUUCGACCAAAUAACCGUUGGAACAUUGCAGAUGCCUGACGGAACGAAGAACGUCCCUAUUGAACAAAUAAUCGCCCUCGUCGCCCUCGACGCCUCCGAGCUCGCACUCCUUCAGAACGAGAACUUCGUUUCUGUGCCCAAGCCUCCACCGUUCAACCUGACCCCCACACCUCCCAGUAUCAGUGCUAAUGGAGCUAACACACCAACGGCGGGAACGCCUGUGACGUCCAUUCCAAGUGCAAUGGCAUCACCACGCUGCCACACUACCCAGUUCAAGCUACCCCUCACAUCGCCGCGCACUCCGACCAUGUCACCGCGCACACCCUCCCUCUUUGAGAUGCACACCAUGGGCUAUGGGCAGCGAAGCGCACAUGUUGGUGGGCCAAGGGGGUUGGCACCCAUCACUCCCAUGUCCGCCAACGAGUCUGCAAGGAUGCCGCCUUGCCCUUCGCCUCAUGUCCGCGUACCACCUCAGGUGGAAGUUUCGACGCCUCUUACGCCUAUGACGGCGAAGUGGCCUGUGUCUGCUGGCCCUGGCUUGCUCGCUGAUGACGCCGAGAGGACGCAAGUGGAUGGGGCGGCCAUUCGGAGGAUGAUCGUUUCUAACCUGGCAUCCAAGCAGUCCACGAAGAUCUCGGAAGUUGAUGAGCUCUUCUGA